AUGAAGUUCGGCGCCACAUAUGAGGAGUAUCUCCGGGCAGAGCAGGACAAAUUCCUAGGACAAUGCUCCCAUGUCGAAUACAAACGCCUCAAGAAGGUAUUGAAGAAAUGUAGAGUUGAUCGCUCACUGCAAGCAGAUGGCACAAAUGGUGAUGAGCAGCAGGAGGGGAGUGACGAAUCUUCAAACAUUUGUGAAUGCAACUCAUGCACAUUGUGUGAUAGGUUGUUCUUUACAGAACUCAACAAGGAGGCAUCAGAAAUAGCAGGUUGUUUCAGAUCUAGAGUACAACGCCUCCUCCAUCUUCAUGUCCCUUCAGGACUACAACGCUGUAUAUGGCGUUUUAGGCAGUGUUUCAUAGAUGAUCAGCAAAUAAUGGUUCAAGAAGGCAGAAUGCUUCUCAAUUAUGUGACCAUGAAUGCUAUUGCUAUUCGCAAAAUUCUCAAGAAAUAUGACAAGAUACAUGGUUCUGUGAGUGGCAGAGAUUUCAAGAGCAAGAUGCAAACUGAGCAUAUUGAACUGUUGCAGUCACCUUGGCUGAUAGAGCUUGGUGCUUUCCAUCUCAACUGUGAUGAUUCAGACGCUGAUGAACCUGGAGCUGGAGGGUUCUUCAAGAAUGAAUUCUUCAAGAAUUUUUCCUGUGACCUGAGUGGAGCACAGCCACUACUGGCAUUGACCAUUUCUGAAACUCUGAAGUAUGAGUACAGCCUAACUUGUCCGAUUUGCUUGGACACUUUGUUCAACCCUUACGCACUUAGCUGUGGGCAUCUGUUCUGCAAAGCCUGUGCAUGUGGUGCUGCUUCUGUCUACAUCUUCCAGGGUGUCAAGUCGGCACCUCCAGAGGCGAAGUGCCCUGUAUGCCGAGCGGUUGGUGUGUUUGGUCGUGCUGUGCAUAUGACUGAACUCGAAUUACUCCUCAAGAGAAGGGACAAAGAUUACUUUGCGCAGAGACUGCGCGAAGAGCGAAGUGUGAUGGUGAAGCAGGCCAAAGAAUACUGGGACUCACAGGCAAUGCUAUCGAUGGGAAUUUGA